ACAGUAGCAAGCUUCUACAGUUCACUUUCAGGGAAAAUAAAAUACAAUCUCAUCUACUGAGUACAGUGACUAUGAAUAAGUGGCGUUUACUACUCCUCUUUGUUCUCAGCUUACUUCAAUCAACUUCAGCAGAACGAAAUUUCGUUAAUGGAAGGGAUCGUUCAGAUACCAGACUUUCUAUCCAAGACCCAGACCGCAUCUACAAAUCUUCACAUGGCCUGGCAAAUGAACCAAACGAGUUGAAUUAUGAAGUUAGAGAUGCUGAGUUGACCAGAGCACCUGCUAUACGUCACUUUAAACAUCGUGAACUUCAUUGGCGAUCUCCAUCAGUACAGAAUAAUGAGCGUCUACUGACUGAUCAUCGUAGAGCUAUUGAAGAAAGAUCCAGAGUUUACGCUCAGAGUGAUAGACGAGAAUAUAGACACAGAACUAACGAACACAAUGAGGCUAUUCGUGUAGAUGUUAAUAGGAAUCGAAUUGUCAAACAGAAUGAGGACAAAGAUUAUCCAGAUAAUUCUAGACCUUCUUCACACCGUGGCGAUUCUAAAGAAAAAAGGGUAACUCGGUUAUAUAUUGCAGAAGCAAGGCAACUUGAUGAUAUUGCUCUGAAAAAAAUUGAACACGAUUCCCGUGACAGAAGAGUUUACAAUAGACACAUUGGAGCUCGCCUUAUCAACAGCAUCGUUGUGAGAAAUGGUCGUGAUUUGGAUGAGAGCAGAUUUGCGAGACGUGAAAUAGUUCGGAAAACUGGCGAACCUGAAUUUAGUCGAUCCCGUGAAAAUUCAGAAAAAUAUACCCGAAAUAACCGAUUACAAAUGUUAUUCAAUAAACGAAGAGUAACUGGUGUAAUUGGAAGUACUAGGAAUACUCGCGAAGAAAGAGCACUAAAUGACAAUCGUGACUCUAGGAAUGUUCGCGAAGAAAGAGGAGUAAAUAAAAUUCGAGACUCUAGGAAUGUUCGCGAAACAAGAGCAUUAAAUGUAAUUCGAGACUCUAGGAAUGUUCGCGAAGAAAAAGCACUUAAUGAAAUUCGUGAUUCUAGGGAUGGUCGCGAAGGAAGAGCACUAAAUGAAAUUCGAGUCCCUAGGGAUGGUCGCGAAGGAAGAGCACUAAAUGAAAUUCUAGUCUCUAGGGAUGGUCGCGAAGGAAGAGCACUAAAUGAAAUUCGAGUCUCUAGGAAUGCUCGUGAAGAAAGAGAAAUAAAUGAAGCUCAAAACUCUAGAAAUAUUCGCGAAGAAAGAGCACUAAAUGAUAUUCGAGACUCUAGGGACGCUCGCGAAAGAAGAGCGCUAAAUGAAAUUCUAGUCUCUAGGAUUACUCGCGAAGCAAGAGCACUAAAUAAUGAUCGAGACUCUAGGAAUGUUCGCGAAGAAAGAGCACUUAAUGAAAUUCGAGUCUCUAGGAAUGCUCGCGAAGGAAGAGCAAUAAAUGAAAUUCGAGAGUCUAGAAAUAUUCCCGAAGCACUAAGUGACAUUCAAGAGGCUAGGAAUGCUCGCGAAGACAGAACAAUAAAUAAAAUUCGUGACUCUAGGAUUGUUCGCGAAGAAAGAGCAUCAAAUGGAAUUCGAGACUCUAGGGAUGCUCGCGAAAGAAGAGCACUAAAUGAAAUUCGUGACUCUAGGAAUACUCGCGAAGCAAGAGCACUAAAUAAAGAUCGAGACUCUAGGAAUGUUCGCGAAGAAAGAGCAAUUAAUGAAAUUCGAGACUCUAGGAUUGUUCGCGAAGAAAGAGCAUCAAAUGGGAUUCGAGACGCUAGAAAUGCUCGCGAAGAAAGAGCAAUACAUGAAAUUCGAGACUCUAGAAUUGUUCGCGAAGAAAGAGCAUUAAAUGGAAUUCGAGGCGCUAGGAAUGCUCGCCAAGUAAGAGCAAUACAUGAAAUUCGAGACACUAGAUUAGCUCGUACAGAAAGAGCAACAAAUGAAAUCCGACACUCUAGGGAUACUCGCGAAGAAAGAGCAUCAAAUGAAAUUCGACCUAAUAGGAAUACCCGCGAGGAAAGAACAAAUAAAAUCCAACGUAAUAUCAACACUCGCAAAGAAAGUAUAGCAAAUGAAAUUCGACACUCUAGGAAUGCUCGAGAAGAUAGAGCAACAAAUGAAAUCCAACUCACUCGGAAUGCUCGCGAAGAGCAAGCAAUAAAUAAAAUCAGACACUCAAAUGAAAUUCGACUCAAUAGUAACGCUCGCGAACGUAGAGUUACCAAUGAAAUUCGACUUACUAGGAAUGCCCAUGAAGAUAUAAGUGAAAUUCAACGUAGCCGCAAUAACCUGGAAGCAAGAACUAUAAAUGGUAUUAGACACAAUCGCAAUACUCAAGAAAAAAGAGCAUCAGAUGAAAUCCAACAUAGUCGAAACAGCCAAGAAAGACUUUUGAACACGCGACGUGCAAUGGUGUUGUCUAGAGACAGUCAACAUGCCAGGACUAAAGAUUCUGAUAGUAUCCACAAAAUCACAAUUUCUGGAGUGACAGAUGUACGUCAGGAUAACAGAAAUAAUUUCCGAGACAGGAAUUCGCGAAGCAUGUUCAGAGAGGAGAAACAUUCAAUGGUACAUCUGCCUGCAAGUGGUAUACCAGCUGUAAAUAUUGAAUUGGAAAGCAGCUUGGUGUUAAAAUGGCAAUACUUAUUCUACCUAUUACAAGGAAUUUAUGUAUGCAGUCUGUUUAUGAAAAUGCCCAAAAAUUAUGGAAAUUUACAGAAAACAAGGGCUGCAGACUGGUUCUCUACAGUGGAUUACCUAAAAAUUGACUAAGAAAAUUGAAAUCUGGUAUCUACAUAUUAUAAUGACAAUAUAGGCAAUGUGUAAAUGAAAUGUUAUGUAUUUAAAAUAUUUAUAAACUAC